AUGGCGGACUACGACGAAGGAUACGAGUACGAGUACCAGGAGGAGAAUACCGACAACAUCAUCACGCCCGAGGAGUGCUGGAAAGUCAUCGGCGCCUAUUUCGAAACGAAAGGCCUCGUUUCCCAGCAGGUCGAUUCGUUCAACGAUUUUCAAGAGACUACCAUUCAAGAGCUCCUCGAUGAGUACAGUGUCGUCAGCCUCGACCAGAACAACCCUCCUUCCGAUGACGGUCGCGAGAUUGCCUGUCGCCGCUACGAGAUCAAGUUUGGCAGCGUCACCAUUUCGCGUCCCGUCGUUAGUGAAGGCGAAGGCACCUCGAAUCCACUACUCCCUUACGAGUGCCGCGACCGAAAUCUGACAUACGCCAGCCCUCUGUUCUCCAAGGUCGACAGCAAGGUACAAAUAUGCAUCGAAGAGCCGGUGCCUCUUCAUGAGAUGGACGACGAGCAGCGGGACGCCUAUGCGAGAGAUGGAAAGCAGCCUACCCGACUGGUUUGGGAGGAGGAAGACAACACCUUGACGCAAAACGAUGGCCAAGCCAAGAAGGACGCCGAGAUAGUAUUCAUCGGUCGUCUUCCUGUCAUGGUCAAGUCGAAGGCCUGUCACUUGAGUCGCGAAACCGAGGAUGAGCUCUUUAUGCUGAACGAGUGCCCUUACGACCAGGGUGGGUACUUCAUCAUCAACGGAAGCGAGAAGGUUCUCAUCGCCCAGGAACGUUCCGCUGCCAACAUCGUCCAGGUCUUCAAGAAGGCUCUGCCCAGCCCGUUCUCCUACAGCGCUGAGAUUCGAAGUGCUUUGGAGAAAGGUUCACGACUCAUCUCUUCACUGAUGCUGAAACUGUACUCGAAGGGCGACUCAUCUCGCGGCGGGUAUGGUCAGACCAUACACACCACACUACCAUACGUUAAGUCCGAUCUACCUAUUGCUAUCGUCUUCCGAGCCCUCGGUGUCGUCAGUGAUGAGGAAAUCCUCAAUCACGUCUGCUACGACCGCAAUGACAGCCAGAUGCUCGAGAUGUUGCGGCCUUGCAUUGAAGAGGCCUUUUGCAUCCAGGAUCGAGAGGUCGCGCUCGACUACAUUGGUAAGCGUGGAAACCAGACCACCGGAAUGCCCAGAGACCGCCGUAUCAGGGCGGCCAAGGACAUAUUGCAAAAGGAAAUGCUGCCACACAUCUCUCAGGGUGAGGGCUGUGAGACGAGGAAGGCCUUCUUCUUGGGGUACAUGGUACACAAGCUACUGCAAUGCGCUCUGGGUCGGCGUGACACCGAUGAUCGAGAUCACUUCGGCAAGAAACGUCUGGAUCUCGCAGGCCCUCUCCUUGCCAAGCUAUUCCGCAAUAUUGUACGUCGUAUGACGCAGGAGGUUUUGGCACAGCUGAAGCGCAGCAUCGAGGAGCGCAAGCGGUUUGACAUUGCGCUGGCUGUCAAGUCUACUAUCAUCACCAACGGUCUAAAGUACUCUCUCGCUACCGGCAACUGGGGCGAUCAGAAGAAAGCCAUGAGCUCUACAGCGGGUGUGUCGCAGGUGCUAAACCGAUACACAUUCGCUUCGACCCUGUCCCAUUUGAGGCGAACCAAUACUCCCGUCGGCAGAGACGGCAAGCUCGCCAAACCACGACAGCUUCACAACACGCACUGGGGGCUGGUCUGUCCGGCAGAGACGCCCGAAGGUCAAGCUUGUGGCCUGGUGAAGAACCUUUCCCUCAUGUGCUCUAUCAGCGUGGGCACGUCCACGGAGCCCAUCAUUGAUUACAUGAUCACCAGGAACAUGGAGGUCCUCGAGGAGUACGAACCCACGCGUUACCCCAAUGCUACCAAGAUCUUUCUCAAUGGCUCCUGGAUUGGCGUCCACCAAGACCCCAAGUCUCUCGUCCGCGACGUGCAGCAGUUGAGGCGCGCAAAUCAGAUUCCGGCCGAGGUAUCUCUAGUCCGCGACAUUCGCGAUCGUGAGUUCAAGAUUUUCUCCGAUGCAGGACGAGUGAUGCGACCCUUGUUCGUUGUCGAGCAAGAGGACGACGAUGACAGGGGUGUCCAGAAAGGCACUCUCGUUCUCACAAGGGAAAUGGUGGACAGACUCUACAUUGACGAUACCCUCCCGCUUGGCAGCGAUGAGUUCUUUGGAUGGCAGGGCAUGGUGAACUCGGGUGUUGUCGAAUACCUCGAUGCUGAGGAAGAAGAGACAGCGAUGAUAUGCAUGACGCCCGAAGAUCUGGAGAUAUAUCGGAAGAUGAAGAGUGGUCAGCCAGUUGCACCGGACAAUAUCAAUGAGCCUAACAAACGGCUGAAAACCAAGAUCAACCCGACGACGCACAUGUACACACAUUGCGAAAUCCAUCCCAGCAUGCUGUUGGGUAUUUGUGCGAGCAUUAUCCCUUUUCCCGACCACAACCAGUCUCCCCGCAACACGUAUCAGUCCGCCAUGGGUAAACAAGCCAUGGGCUUCUUCCUUACUAACUACUCCCGACGCAUGGACACCAUGGCAAACAUCCUCUAUUACCCACAGAAACCACUUGGCACCACACAGUCUAUGGAAAUGCUGAAGUUCCGAGAACUCCCAGCCGGCCAGAAUGCCAUAGUUGCCAUUGCCUGUUACUCCGGGUACAAUCAGGAAGACUCGGUCGUCAUGAACCAAAGCAGCAUUGACCGCGGUCUCUUCCGCAGUCUUUUCUUCCGAGCCUACAGCGACUCGGAAAAGCGGCUCGGAAUCAACACUGUAGAGCAGUUUGAGAAGCCGUUCCGUGCCGACACUCUACGUCUGAAGCAGGGUACAUAUGACAAGCUCGAUGACGAUGGUAUCAUUGCUCCUGGAAUACGCGUCUCUGGUGAGGACAUCAUCAUCGGAAAGACGGCACCCAUCGCCCCCGAGAACGAGGAGAUGGGCCAGCGCUUGAAGGUGCAUGUCAAACGCGAUGCAUCCACCCCCCUGCGAAGUACCGAGAGUGGUAUCAUUGACCAGGUUGUCGUCACCACCAAUUCAGACGGUCUCCGCUUCGUCAAGGUGCGGGUUCGAACUACAAAGGUGCCGCAAAUCGGUGACAAGUUCGCGUCGCGCCAUGGACAGAAGGGCACUAUUGGUGUUACCUUCCGCCAGGAAGACAUGCCUUUCACUCGCGAUGGCAUUGUGCCCGAUAUCAUCAUCAACCCGCACGCCAUUCCUUCUCGCAUGACCAUUGCUCAUCUUAUCGAGUGUCUGCUAAGCAAGGUGGCCACUCUAAAGGGAAUGGAAGGUGAUGCGACGCCAUUCACCGCAGUGACUAUCGACUCUGUCUCGAUGCUCCUACGGGAUCAAGGUUUCCAAUCUCGUGGGUUUGAGAUCAUGUAUCACGGCCACACGGGACGCAAGCUCCGUGCCCAGGUCUUCUUUGGUCCGACAUAUUACCAACGUCUCCGACAUAUGGUCGAUGACAAGAUCCAUGCCCGAGCUCGCGGUCCUGUGCAGAUCAUGACCCGACAGCCCGUCGAGGGUCGUGCUAGAGAUGGUGGUCUGCGCUUCGGAGAGAUGGAGCGUGAUUGCAUGAUUGCUCACGGUGCCGCCGCCUUCCUCAAGGAGCGACUGUUCGAGGUUUCCGAUGCAUUCAGAGUCCACAUCUGCGAGAUCUGUGGGCUCAUGACUCCGGUCGCUCAACUGGGUCAGCAGAACUUUGAAUGCCGACCCUGCAAGAACAAGACGAAAAUCGCGCAGAUUCAGAUUCCGUACGCCGCCAAGCUCCUCUUCCAGGAGCUGCAGGCGAUGAACAUUGCCUCACGCAUGUUCACCGAUCGGUCCGGGGUAACCAUUCGUUAA